AUGGCUGCCAGACAAUCCUCUAAAGGCAACUGUUCCCCCAUUCCCGUUUCUCCAUCCGCCUCUGGAGAUACUCCCGCCGACUCCUUGAACGAUCCAACUGAGCUGUCAUUGUUUCUGCUUGAAGAUUCAUCUGCAUCCACCAUGCCACCUCCAAAAAAAGUCGACCCAGAGCAGGAGCCUGCUCCUCGGGACAAUACGGUGCCGCAGAUCCCGAAGAAGCAUACCCGGACCUCUUACCACGCUGACCAGGCCAACUAUGUGCGCCGGGGCAACAAUGCUUGUUACUUCUUCCAGCCCAGCAUUCGGUGUGGCAGCAUCUCCACAGGUCUCGCCAUCCUUCUCGUUGCCAUCCCUGUCGUUACUAUCCUUGUCGUUACCAUCCUUGUGCUGCUCUUGGUUGCCGUUGUCUGGGUAUAG